AAUGAAGUCCAUUUUCUCUCUGUAUAAUUUCUUGAUAAUAAAUCAAAUGCCUGCAUUUGCUUUAAAGCUCCCUUUUUUAUAGCUGAAGACACGGAAAGUGUGCCACAAAAAUGAGUAAAGGUUUACCAGAGCUAGUAAUGUAUAAAAACAGACUGCAAGAGUAUACACAAAAACUAGGCCUACCGCUGCCUGAAUAUCUAAUUAGAAAUGAAGGAUUUCAACAUGCUCCAAAGUUUAGGGCACGUGUGCUGGUGAAUGGAAAGAGUUAUGUAUCUGUAGGAACAUUCCCGCAGCGAAAAGAAGCUGAGCAAGAUGCUGCCAAAGUUGCUCUUCAGAGUAUAAAUGAAGCUAGAAAUGAUGGAGGAUGCCCAAAUGUUCAGGAUCCAACUUAUUGCAAAAUGAUCUUGUUUGAAUAUGCUGUCAAAAUGAACCUGAAAAGACCUGAAUAUUCAACCACCGGUGGAGAACAAAUCCGUCCAGUCUUCAUGUCUACUCUGAUUUUUGAUGGUAAAGUUUACCAAAGCGAAGAAGCCAGAAGCAAGAAGAUAGCAGAACAGCUGGCUGCACGCGUGGCCAUUCAAUCACUCCUUGAAUCUGAUUCAGGAAUCCUCCAGCAAAUAAUUAAUUCCAAGUACAAAGCUCAAGACUCAGUUUAUGAAGCAAAGAAUCCGAGGUCUAACCAGAGCAAUUUACCAGCUCCAUCAGCACCAGGUAAUAAGUAGCUUCUUCCAGGAUGGCAAAUUAUAUUUCGCCGUCAACUUCCAAAUUAGAGUCUGUUAGUCCAACCUGUAAUUGUAGCAGCGAGACUAAGCGAAAACCUCAGACAAGUAACCAGACACAGAAAAAAUUGCGUCGUCAUCUGCAGUAAGUUGAACGGCCAGUCUGAUCUAGGUAUCAAAACCAUGCGUAAAAUUAAUUAGAAACUUCCCCUGCAAUAGAGUUUGAUGUUUAUUCAGCAUGACACAGGUUGAGAAUUGUGAUAUUAUUCUAUAGGAAAUGUUGAAUUUAUGAUAUACUUAUUUCUUCGAAACUACUCAUUAUUUUCAUUAAGCUCUUGAUGCCCUGAAAUUUGCGGGUUUUGAGGUUAAUCUAAGAUGGGAUGCUACCUUCUUCAGUCCAAGAUCAGUUUAGAUAUGCAAUAGAAAAUUGAUUUGGCCUUGGAGGUCCUUCAAACUUUUGUAAAUAUAAAUGCAGAUGAGAACUUUAAAUCAUACUUGUGCGUUUAAAUGUCUGUUUAAGAUAUUCAAUACAAUGUUUAUGGCAAAGUGUCCUUCAAA